AUGAAAUCCACUUCCUUAUACCCGUAUAUAGUGGCCAUCUUACUGUCUAUCAAGUCCACAGAGUGCUUCCAGUCUGUGGCAAAUCGGUCCCACCGAGCCUCGAGUCGUCUACACGCCGAACCAUCAUCAACUCAUGCUGACUCCUCUAGUAGUAUGCUGAUGAUCCUCUCUCGACGAACCGUCAACAAUUCGUUGUUUUCCAUGAUGGUUUCCUCCUCGCUGAUACUCUCUCCCCAAAUGUCUCAAGCAGAAGAAGAAAUGAACCAAACAGUCGAACCAAGAACGGUGUUACAAGGAACCGUAUCAUUGGCUGCAGCAAUUUUGAAUGGAUCCCGAGGAAAAUCACCGCCUGUCUUGGCGGCACGGAUUGAAAAUCCAAGUUUCCCUUUGGACUUUAGUCUUGUCAGUCCACGAGAUUUGACCGUGGAAGGUGCUGCCAGCAUUAGUGCGGACAACGGUCAAUCACCAGACUUUAACAAUCUGUGGUGGAACAAGGAGGAUCUGAUCGUAAGCGCUCGAUGGGAUAGUGACGGAGUUGCUGCCACUAGGUCGCCCGAAGAUUUGGUAGGACGGGCAGUAUGGAAGAAUGGGGAGGCGAAGGUCCAACUGGAAUUGGGCGGCCGAGGAGCUUUUGGGAAGUAUGUUACAGGAUCCAAAAAGUAA